CCGCGUCACACCGGAAGUGAACCGGUGGAACCAGAAAAGGCGGAAACGUCACUGCAGCACAAGAGAAAAUGGAUGCAUUAAAUAAACUUAAACAAUUUGAUGCCUAUCCAAAGACUCUAGAAGAUUUUAGGAUUAAAACGUGUGGUGGAGCCACUGUAACGAUCAUCAGUGGGCUUAUUAUGCUGAUCCUGUUUGUUUCGGAGUUGCAGUAUUACCUUACCAAGGAGGUCCACCCUGAACUCUUUGUGGACACUUCAAGAGGAGACAAGUUAAAGAUCAACAUUGAUGUCGUAUUUCCUCAUAUGCCAUGUGCUUAUCUGAGCAUUGACGCCAUGGAUGUAGCAGGAGAGCAGCAGCUGGAUGUGGAGCACAACCUCUUCAAGCAAAGACUGGACAAGGAUGGCAAUCCAGUCAGCACAGAAGCAGAGAAACAUGAUUUGGGUCAAGAUGAGGGUGAGAUUUUCGACCCUAGUAAGCUCGAUCCAGAUCGCUGUGAGAGCUGCUAUGGAGCAGAGACCGAUACUUUGAAGUGCUGUAACACGUGCGAUGAUGUGCGCGAGGCAUACCGUCGCCGAGGCUGGGCUUUUAAGACGCCCGACACCAUCGAGCAAUGCAAGAGAGAGGGCUUCAGUCAGAAGAUGCAAGAGCAGAAGAAUGAAGGUUGCCAGGUCUACGGCUUCCUCGAGGUCAAUAAGGUUGCUGGUAAUUUCCACUUUGCCCCUGGGAAGAGCUUUCAGCAGUCUCAUGUGCAUGUUCAUGCUGUGGAAAUUCAUGAUUUGCAGAGUUAUGGACUGGAUAAUAUCAACAUGACUCACUUGAUUAAACAUCUCUCAUUUGGAAAAGAUUAUCCUGGAAUUGUCAACCCACUAGAUGGAACUAAUGUUGCAGCAGCACAAGCGUCAAUGAUGUACCAGUACUUCGUGAAAAUAGUUCCAACAGUUUACGUUAAAGGAGACGGGGAGGUGGUGAAGACAAACCAAUUUUCAGUGACCAGACAUGAAAAAGUAGCCAAUGGGCUGAUUGGAGAUCAGGGUCUGCCUGGUGUAUUUGUGCUGUAUGAGCUCUCACCCAUGAUGGUCAAAUUCACAGAGAAACAGCGGUCAUUCACUCACUUUCUAACAGGAGUAUGUGCUAUUAUAGGUGGUGUUUUCACAGUUGCUGGACUCAUCGAUUCUUUAAUAUACCACUCAGCAAGAGCUAUACAGAAAAAGAUCGAGUUGGGAAAAUCUUCCUAGCUACGUCUCUGAACCUACCACGAACAACUGUUCACGAAUGUCUAGCUGUUUGUGUGUGUUUGGCCGCAAAGAACACUUCCUUGACACAUGGCCUCUCCGUUGGACACAUACGGGUACCUCACCGAGGCUUUCACUUUAAUGAAGAAACCAACUAACUGGACUUCAAAAGUAACUGGACACCUCUAGGGUUCAUUACGACAGAGAGGCACCAAUGAAUCUUCUUUUUUUUUUUUUUUUUUUUUUUUUUUUUUUUGAAUUGUACAUUAAACUGAAAAAUACAUGUAGUACAGCAAGUAUUGUUAGUUACAUUAGCUAAUGUCACUGAAUGCAAUCCAGAGCCAUUGUUUACUUCAAAUGGAUUUAAUAAAUGUAAUAUUAGUAAGCUGUUAGCAUUCAGAUUUAACAAAUCUCUCAUAUAUGAAGCCAGUUCCUGAGUGGGAAUUAUGAGUUGAGGGAGUGUUUUCUUUGAGUUUUCCCCGUCCAAGGUUAAAUGCAGCAUAAUUAACACGAGAUCUUCAAUGGCAUCCAAUAUUCAUUUUAUAAUGAAACUCUUGAGUUUAAAAUUGUAAUGUCUUUUAUCUAAAUAUCGCUCGAUUUUCACUUUGGUUAAUGGUUUCCUUUGCUAUGUUACCCACAGUGCAUUUGAGCUGCUGAUAGUAGUGCCAGUGGGAUUUAGCUCUCACUUCAUAGAUAUCUCCGUAGAUACCUAAAGACGGUGAUGCCGCAGCGCUUUAGUCCUUCACUCUGUCUAGUGCGCUCACCACCACAUCUGCACACGCUGUACAGAUAAGGUUCCAGAGCUUACACUUUCAUUACUGACCGAGCAGAAUCGAUGUGUAGCUCAGCGCAACUGUGAUGUGUAACCGCAUUUCAGUCUAGAACUUUGAACGCAACUUUUUAAUCUUCACUCCUGCACUACACUGGAGGUAUUAGUAUGACAUUGAAGGAGGAAGAGAAGCUCUUGUUCUUUUGUUUUAAGGAGCGAACAGCAAAAUCUGAGCAUUAUCACGAAUGCUUGUGAUUGCUGAAAGAUUUUCUCCUAUAAAGUGGCAUUGGAACUGUACUAACAAUGUCCCCCAGUGAAGUCAGCCACACAUCCGCUUACUUCUCCCAGCAAUAAUGAAAACAUUUUUUAAAAAUUGGCCGCGGAAUCAUGAAACUUAUCACAGAAAUUCAGUAUAAACAUUGAAUGUGUUUCAGGGUGGAGGUUUCCUUUAAAGGUGUGCUUUAUGUAUUAGAGUUUUAGAAUUGGCUUGGUGAACAGGUGUGGUUUGAGGUGCAAAAGACCACGUGGGUUAGUUUGGAUUGCCCUUUAUUUUAAAAUGUCACUUUUUUUUUAAUAAAACUGUAGAUUUGAGUUUCAUGUGAUUACUUAAUCAAAUCCUGAUCUCUGUGUUUCUAGUGUUUUCGGGCUUUUCUGACACAUUUCCUGUUAAAUCUCAGCAGUCAGCAUUAGAAUAAUGAAGGCAGUUUAAUUCGGGCCUAACUUGAUCUCAAAGAUAAAACCAGACCAUAAUGUACUUGUUCCACGAAACAGGUGAACUGUACUUGAUUGUGAAACAAUGUUAAACAAUGGUUAUUAACUAAAAUAAAAUAAUAAUAAAAAAAAUA